UCAAAACCAGAAAUGAACAUUUCCUUAAAACAGUGCUAUCUGGGUUUAUUUGCAAUUUUAAUUGGUUGUAUACUAAACAAUUACAAUGCAGAGGCCAUACACACUGAAGAAGGUCUGGAAUUAUUGUUCCGUCAGAGAACCAACUCCGAUUGGGAAGAUGUCUGGCAUAGUGAGACUCACUCACGCUGUCGCGAUAAACUAGUACGUCAACUGUAUUGGGCCUGUGAAAAAGAUAUUUAUCGUUUGACACGACGCAAUCGCAAACGUACCGAUGAAACUUUCAAUAAACGUAGUAAAUCUCAUACAUUUCUACCCAUGUGGCUGCAGCCUAAUAUUGCUCAAACACUUUUAAGGACACGUCGUUCUAAUGCCCAUUCCAUAACCACUGAAUGUUGCACUAAGACAGGUUGUACUUGGGAAGAAUAUGCCGAAUAUUGUCCGAAUAAGAGACGUAAUCAUUAUUGA